GGGCUGAUCCGGACUCGACGAGAGUGAUGAAUUGAUGGGAGCGCUCUCGUCAAGUGAUCUAUGAGAACCCUAGGUUGUCUAAUCCAACAAUACGUCAAAACCCAUCAUCCAUUGCCCAUUUAUUACCAAAAAUAAAAAAAUCAUCCAUUGCCCAUUGAUGCUGUAACACUCUUCAUCGUCUUACGAUCUCGACCCCACUUACGUUCUUCUCUUGUCGUUUUGACUUCGAAUUUUGCAGACAGGAGCAGAGUUACCAGACCCUUUUGUAUAGAUCAGAGUCUGUGCGAGCGUGCAAGGGAGAAAAAGAGACGGACCUUCUGGUCUCUUCUGAAAGGGAAAAGAGAGGAAGGUCUCGCAUUCUCAAACCUUGAAAUUCUGAGAUUUUUAGGUCGAUGAUGGACUUAGAUCCUCGGCAGUACGAGCACGUUGCUAUCAAUGACAAUGAUGUUCGCAACAUUGUCCUAUCAUAUCUUGUACACAACUGCUUUAAAGAGACCGCUGAAUCAUUCAUUGCUUGCACUGGGAUGAAGCAACCUGAUGAUUAUCCUGUGGAUAUAGACAAAAGAAAACCAAUUUUCCAUUUUGCAUUGGAGGGAAAUGCUCUCAAGGCCAUAGAACUGACAGAACAGCUGGCACAUGACCUACUUGAGCAAAACAAGGACUUGCAUUUUGAUCUCUUGAGCCUUCAUUUUGUUGAACUUGUUUGCUCUAGGAAAUGCACAGAAGCUCUGGAGUUUGCUCAGACCAAGUUGACACCAUUUGGGAAGGUUCACAAAUAUGUUGAGAAGCUGGAAGAUUUUAUGGCCUUGCUAGCUUAUGAGGAGCCAGAGAAAUCCCCAAUGUUUCAUCUGUUAAGCAUGGAGUACAGACAGCAAGUUGCAGAUAGUCUAAAUCGAGCAAUUCUUGCAUAUGCUAACCAGCCUAGCUAUUCGGCAAUGGAAAGGCUGGUACAACAAACUGCAGUGGUCAGGCAAUCCUUACAUCAAGAAUUUGGCAAGCCUGUUGGGACCCAAACACUCCCUCCGAACCCAACUAUAGGAGUGGAGCAGGCCACCACUGAGCAACAUUUCACUAGAAGAUAGAGAGGCUAGUGUGACACGCGGCAGAGCCUCCCAGAGAUGGACCUUCACCAUUUUCUUUAAACAAGUUUUUGAAGAGCUGAAACAAGUGGUUGAACUUUGGUUCCAGGAAAUCAUUUUGGCAUGUUGAAUUCUACAUCAGAUCAUGCCGGAGUAUAUGGUUUAAGGUUGCUCAAUGGAAGAGCACAAGCCUAAAACCCUGCUCACGUGUAAGCAGGCUAUCUAUUGUAUCCUGUUCUUUUUGGCAUUUGGUGGUGUAUGCAUUUUUCUUUCCGAUUGGCCAAAGUGAGAACGUUGAUGAUGUUUGGUUUUUGUACAUCGUGGUUCUUGGAUCUUCCAGCAAGGGUGUGGCUGCUGUCUAUUGUUUGAAGUUUGAGCUUUAACGCUAUCUAAUGUUGGGUUUCAGUCUGCCAUAACUGAUAUAUCAAUGAAGGGAAGAAAACUGGCAAUUUCACUUUACAUGCCAAUUUCACUUAUACAUUGGCAUUUGGUGAGGUAUGUUUUUUGUUUUUUUUUUUUCUGUUUCAAUGAAGAAAAGAAAAUGUUAUGCUUGAAUAAAUAAAGUACACUAUAUGUCCGAUAAAUGCAGCUCGAUGAUCUUAGCCCUGGAAAGUUGUCAUCCCGUACAGCUUACUCUAAUCUACUCCCUCCCUCUUAGCUAGCA